GUUCGCGCGACAGCCCUGGACUGGGAUCGCUUCCUGCACAGGCGCAGUGGUGUUUUCACCCACGCUACCGACGCCAUUAAACAAGUACAGAGCGGCCUUGUCCAGUCAUGUAUGUUUGUAUGCGUCACUAUGUUUGAGGAGGAGGAAACAUGUUACACAGCCCACUGAGCUCCUGCAUUGUUUGACAAAAGACAUACGGCAUGAGGCCACAGAGGAGACUGCACCGCCUGUUCAGGACAUCCUCUACUAUGAACAAGUAAAGGACAAGGCGACCAGAGAAAGCCCGAGAAAUGGAAAUAGUAGUCCUGCUGGCUCUGCUCUUCCUGUCCGUGACUGGCCACAACAUAGACCGCGAAGAUUUCGGAGGGGAGAAAAAUCUAUCUGAAACCUUCAGGCCAAGGACUUUUCGACUGUACCCUGGAGAAACAAAGAAACCAGAGUUUGAUGAAAUUAAUGGAAUCUGGGAGGAAACAGCAAAUGACGGAGUCUCUGAAAGUUUAUCUGAUCGCAGAAUCCUCAAGCCUCCUUUAGAAAAAGCCACAAAGCCCUCAUCACGAAAUAAGGCCUUCGAGCCCCCAAUAAGAAAUAACACCUCAAAGCAUUUAUCUAAACAUAGAGUCUCGAAGCCUAAUUCAGGUCAUGGUAUCUCAAAUAAUAGUAAAAACAUUGGGCAAACCAAGCAGGACUUUAUCAACAAUGCCACUCUGUCAUACCUCACAAGCUCUACCAGUACAAAGCUGAUUCCAGCCAUAUAUAUCCUAGUCAUUCUUAUCGGGAUACCCUCUAAUGCCAUAGUCCUAAAAAUGCUCUUCUCUAGAGCCAGAACGGUCUGCACUGCCAUAUUCUACACGAAUCUUGCCAUUUCUGACUUACUCUUCUGCCUCGUGCUACCAUUUAAGGCCGCGUACCACCUGAACGGUAACAACUGGAUAUUCGGAGAAGGAAUGUGUCGGAUUGUGACCAUUUUCUUCUAUGGAAACAUGCAUUGCUCGAUCCUUCUCCUCAUGUGCAUCAGUAUCAGCCGUUACAUCGCGCUCGUCCAUCCUUUCAUAUAUCGGAGUCUACCAAAACGGACCUGCGCCCUUCUGAUGUGUACCCUUGUGUGGAUCACGGUCCUCAUAUUCAUGAUACCAUUCUUCAUAAACAGACAGACCUACAAGUUGGAGAAGCCGCCCAUUGUGACCUGCAAUGACGUGUAUGAGACCUCGGCUGACGCAUUUCAGUUCUUUUAUUUCAUAUCGCUGGCGGUGUUCGGAUACCUUAUCCCAUUCUCUGUCAUUGCAUUUAGUUAUUUUUCCAUCAUUAAAACCUUGGGGGCCAAUGACCAGAAAUGGUAUCACUACCUAAAAAUAACCGUCCUGCUUCUGGUUAUAUUCGCAGUGUGCUUUACUCCCAGUAACAUUAUCCUUAUUAUACACCAAGUCAGAUAUUACUACACCACAAUGGAUGAUCUGUAUGGGAUUUAUCUCAUUGCAUUGUGUUUCAGCAGUUUGAACAGUUGCCUGGAUCCUUUUCUGUAUUUUCUUAUGUCCGAAAUAACUAAACCCUCCAACAAAUAUGCUACAAUCCAUAAGCUGCCUCACGAAACACACACAACGUUACUCGCCGCCUAACUGCAAGGAUGGGCCGGAUUGUAUCUGACGGUAGCCAAUAUUAUUGCGCCAUCUGCUGGUCUGUUAUUGAAUUGUUGAAAACAAAGGGGAAAGGUUGCAGUAUAAGAAAACUACUUGAAACGCGAAACACAUGGAUGCAGCUGGAUUUCUUACAACUUGAUCACGUUCUAUCCUCUCGAAAAUGACGUACUGACAAUUUCUAGAAUUAUUUUAGCACUUUACAUGGCUCAGCCAUUGGAUAGGACAUUAUUGACUGUUUUAGAUGACAUGCCGGAAAUAUGUAUACAUCAAUCUAUAGAUUGUGUUCUGUGAAUCUUGGACAUAUUUGACUACAUAGGAAUUUUUUUUUUCUAAAAAGCAGGUAUCUAAACUUGGCUACAUAUGUUAGACUUCUUUCCCAACUUGUGGAAUUGUAUAGACAGGGCAAGUCUAAUGCUGGCGGGAUAGACACAUGUGGGUCAUCUGCACUUAGGCUAUGUCAGAAACUUAUUCUGCGUACUGUAAAAAUGUGGAAACCAUGAUGGUUAAAAAGUAAUUUUUUGCCAACCCGUCUAAAAGAUUAAUAAAAAAUAAAAAAAAUAAAAAAGGGUCCAUGCAUCUACCCCAAACCUUGAAUGUGACACUUCUUUUCCAAUAAGGAUGUGUUCACAUUCAUCACAAAUCAUCUGUCAAAAAUCCUGGAUAAAACAGUGCAGCUAUUUUGGCCGGUAACAAUUAUGGGCCCUUUGACCUUUUCACAUAGAACAAUGAUGCUUCUUUUGUUUUAUGUAAAAAAAAAUGUUAAUGUGAUUAAAAAACUCUCCUAUUGCAUACAUGGGCCCAUUUAUAAAUAAAGUUAUUAUAAAAGCUUAAAUUAAUAAGCAUAUAGCUUUAUUAUGGAAAAAAAAAAAAGCAUUUCUCCAAGGAUAAAUCAUGGGGAUGUUCCCAAGGAUUGUGCCUUGCACUAAAUUACUGCUGGUCAGUGGUUCUAGUACAUUGGGGACAGGGCAGAAGUUGUAGU